GACCUUAUACAGAAACUCUCAGAAGGUCAGCUCGACUCUAGUCGUUAUGUCUUGAAAAAUGACCUAUUGCAUUACAAAUACACGCCAGUCGGUGAAGAAGCACGCCUUCUUUGUUUUAUACCCAAGGGCCAUCGACUCAGUCUUUUACGAAUUUUCCACGAUGAGCAUGAGCACGUGGGUGCUGAUAAAACUCUACAUCUCAUCCUAAAACAUUUCUGGUUCCCCGGGCUCCGCCAAUUUGUGUCUAAAUACAUCUCCCAUUGUUUAGUAUGUAUUUCUAAAAAGCGAGUGCCCCGGGCACCGCUUCAGAAUAUCUCAUCCUGGUCAAAACCCGAAACCCCUUUCGACACCGUUCAUGUCGAUGCCCUGGGACCACUGCCAGAAUCGGAGGGUUACAAAUUUAUCUUAAUACUAGUUGAUGCUUUUACAAAGUUUUGUAUGUUGUACCCUAUUUACCGCCAAGACACCAGUGAGUUGAAACGCGUCAUGUCUCAAGCCAUUUCUUUAUUUGGAGUUCCCAGACUGUUAGUUACUGACAGGGGUAGGAUGUUUGAGUCUACGGACUUCGUGCAGUGGAUAUCCGAACUUGGUUCAGACCUGCACUAUAUAACUCCUGAAAUGCACGGCGCGAACGGGCAAGUGGAACGGUAUAUAAGAACCGUUCUUAACAUGCUUCGUAUCGAAGUGGGACAUAAGAACGCCUCCUGGUCGACCACACUUUGGAAGUUACAACUGGUACUAAAUAUCAGCAAGCAGAAAACUACCCAAUCCUCAGCCAUAAAUUUAAUGAUUGGUACGGACGCCUCUACCCCAGCUAUACGAUCGUUGAUACGGGACCUAGCUACAAGUACUCCAGAUACCAACAGAGAAGCUCUGCGAGAGAUGCGUCGAAGUCGCGCUAGCGAACUGAUGAAAAAGAACCAGGAACAGCAAGAUGCUUCAGCCAACCAGUUUAGACGUCCACCGCGCGAAUACAAGGUGGAUGACCUAGUUUUUGUAAUAAAGUACUCGCAAUCAACGGGAAAAUUAGACCCUGGAAUGCGAGGACCAUAUAGAGUGACCAAAGUCUUACCUAAUGGGCGCUAUGAACUUAAACUUCUCAGCGGAAGCUGCGGGAAAACCACUCAAGCAGCCUCCCAAUACAUGGUGCCUUGGAAAGGAGAAUGGUGCCCAGAAAGUUGUGCCGCUUUCUUUGAAAAUGACGAUACUGACGAGGCUGAAAAUAGGUUAGAUCACUUGGAAGGCGACAACCCGGCACCAGCUUCAAUUGGGUUAUCCAUGCCGAGCUUAGAUGAGGAGGUGGGAACAGAACAGCAUCCCAGUGCAGGCGCAUCCCAAGAAGUUCAAGUCGAGGACGACUUGCUGUCAGGAGAGGCCGUGUUAGGAGUCAAGGAAUAACAGCUUUUAAGAGUUUAUAAAAGCAAACUUCACACCGUUCUCAAGCCCAUUUGCUCGAGAGUCGUCGAGGAGGUUACAUCGCUCAAGGAUCGUGAGACUGA